UCAUCAAAGCCUCUCGACAUAUAAAUGAAUGGACUUAAGUGGCCGGUUAUUCCGUAGUUGCUGCCCAAUGUAACACCACAGCUAGAAGUAAGUGAUUUUAGCUUGUCAUUUGCGUGUCACACGCAGCAAGCCGGUAUCCUCAGCUUUACUCCGUAUUGGUUAGAUUGCAUCGCCAACUGAGAUCUUUACGUAAUCUCAGCGAUUGACAAGAAUAACUACUACUUAGCGGCUGACUCGAGCUUAGCGUGAUUUUAUUGUAGUUCUUAGAUUCUUUAGUGCCCUUUAAUAAAUUGGACUGCAGCUGAUCAAGUGUUAAACUAGGACUGUAAAAAUGGAAGUUCAAGUUGAAGAUGGUUCAAAAAGCUCUGAAGUGUUGACUUCUCAAAUUCAAUCAGAGAAUUUUGUUGACAAUGGAUGGGCUUCUUUUCCUGAGGUUGCAAGGAAGGAAGAAGUAAAAAGGAAACAAAAUCCUGAAGAUAGAGCCAACUUUCUGUCAAGGCUCACAUUUUGGUGGUUUAACUGGAUUAUAUCUACUGGUUACAAAAGACCGCUAGAGGACAAGGAUUUAUGGGCCUUAAGAAGAGAUAAUCAAGCAACAUAUAUUGUCUCAAAACUGAAAAACAAAUGGAUAGAGCAACAAAGAAAAUGCAGAAGAAUAAAUUCUGCCAGAAGAAGUCAUAAAGAUGAAGAUGGAUACAACGAAAGUGAUAGACUAUUGGAUGAUGACAAUGGCCCUGAUGAGAAUGUUGAAAAUGCAUCAACAAGAAAAAAGGAGAACAAGCCUUCACUCAGAAAAACAUUGGGAAGCCUGUUUGGAUUCAAGUUUGCUCUAGCUGUCUUUUGCAAGUUGUUGCAUGAUGCGCUCAUUUUUGUACAGCCUCAGCUUUUAAAGUUAUUAGUUGGCUAUACUGAAGACAAGGAUGACAUGUUUGGUCCAUGGAAAGAGUGGAAGGGUUAUGCGUAUGCAGGGGCAAUGUUUGGAGUAGCUAUCAUUCAGUCCUUGGCACUUCACCAAUAUUUUCACAUUAUGAUACAGAUUGGCAUGAGGAUGCGUACAGGCAUCAUUGGAUUGGUUUAUGAAAAGGCUUUAGUGUUGAACAGCAAGGCUAAAGGAAAGACAACAGCAGGAGAGCUUGUGAACCUGAUGUCUGUGGAUGCACAGCGCUUGAUGGAGCUUAUGACUUACAUAAACUCAUUGUGGUCAAGUCCACUUCAGAUUGCUGGCGCUCUGUACUUCCUCUAUAGUACUCUUGGAAUCUCCAUUCUGGCCGGACUAGGAGUCAUGGUGCUAAUUAUUCCAUUAAAUAUGCUUUUUGGAAGUAGAAUGGGUACUCUCCAGGUAAAACAAAUGAAUGAGAAAGAUGAAAGAAUUAAACUGAUGAAUGAAAUUCUCAGCGGAAUAAAGGUCCUCAAGUUGUACGCUUGGGAGGAGUCCUUCAUGAAAGAGGUGGAAAGAAAACGUAAAAAAGAGCUGAAAUACUUAAGGAAUUCUGAUUUCUGGGCGGCAGGAUUUAUGUUUACUUUUGGCUGUGCGCCGACAUUAGUGGCAGUUACCACAUUUGCCAUUUAUGUAUUUACUGGCCAUUUGUUAUCAGCCACUAAAGCUUUCGUCGCCUUGGCGCUGUUCAAUGUGAUGCGAUUCCCACUUGUCAUGCUCCCUGAUGUCAUUGUUUCUUGCGUUCAGGCAAGUGUAUCUCUGAAGAGGCUGCAAGAUUUUCUUAACCUUGAGGAGCUGGACCUCAAUAGUGUCCAAAGGACAACAUUGUCAUCCUCUGCCGUGUCUAUAGAGAAUGGUACAUUUACCUGGAGCACCAAGGCUGCGCCUGUGUUAAAAGAGGUGUCGUUGCAAAUUCCAAGUGGCUCGCUUGUCGCCAUAGUCGGUCAGGUUGGAUGCGGAAAAUCCUCCUUGCUUUCUGCCCUCCUCGGAGAUACCGAGAAAGUGGAAGGAAUUGUCUCUGUAGAGGGAUCUGUGGCGUAUGUUGCCCAGCAAGCUUGGAUACAGAACGCAACUUUACGAGAAAACAUUCUGUUCAGCAAAGCCAUGGAUUCCGCUCGUUAUGAAAGCGUGCUUGACUCUUGUGCUUUAAGACCUGACCUGGAAAUUCUUCCUAACGGUGACUCCACAGAAAUUGGAGAGAGAGGUAUAAAUCUUAGUGGUGGACAGAAACAGCGAGUAAGCUUGGCUCGUGCUGUGUACUUCAAUGCUGAUAUCUACUUGUUGGACGAUCCGCUCAGUGCUGUGGACUCACAUGUUGGAAAACACAUUUUUGAGAAUGUUGUCGGGCCACAAGGAAUGUUACGAAACAAGACUCGUUUGCUCGUUACUCAUGGAAUUCAUUUUCUUCCUCAAAUGGAUCAAAUUAUUGUGCUCAAAGAUGGAAGAAUUACCGAGGUUUGUUUAUUGUUCCCCUCAUGCAUGUACACUAAAAGCACUCCCUCCUUCCCAGUACUUUUCGAUCGCCUCACUCAUGGAGAUCCUGCGGCGCAUCCGCGUGACUCCCAGAGUGUUCCGCGGCGCGCUAACAGCAAUUUUUCUUCACUGAUUUUUUUUCCGAUUUGCACGACGGACUUCGCCUCGCCGAUUAAUAGGAAUUGUUCUGUUGGUCAACGGCAGUUGGUGUGUUUAGCACGUGCGCUGCUACGUAAAAGUAAGAUCUUGGUUCUGGACGAAGCCACGGCCGCGGUGGACUUGGAAACUGAUGAACUCAUUCAGCAAACGAUUCGGCGAGAGUUUGCUGACCGCACAGUGUUCACCAUCGCUCAUAGGCUCAAUACCAUUAUGGAUUAUGACAGGACCUGCGAACGAAUUUCUGAUCUGAAAAGGCCUCCCAGCAAAGAGCUUGUCACUACGACAUUUUCUAGCUCUAAAGCAAGCACUUCUAACAAAAAGGAUGUUAGUCAAAAGAUUGAAAACGAAGAUAAGGAUGAACUGGGGAAAAUGAUCGAGGAAGAGCGCUCAGAGACUGGUAGGGUCAAGUUUGCAGUAUUCUUCUCUUAUCUCAAGUCCGUGGGCUGUUGCGCUUCUUUCCUCACCAUAUUAUCCUUGUUCCUGAUGGAAGCUUGCUCAGUUGGGACAGGAAUAUGGCUGGCUCGUUGGAGCUCCGCAAAUGUCACUACAGACGAACAAAGAGACUUCUACUUAGGAAUUUACGGUGGUCUCGGUUUGGGACAAGGAUUCUUCAAUUUCCUUGUUUCCAUUUUUUUCACAAUUGGAGCCAUAAAGGCUUCUCGAAGGUUGCACCGCAACCUCCUGGUCAACAUCAUGCAUUCACCAAUGAGCUUCUUUGAUACCACCCCAGUGGGGAGAAUUGUCAACAGGUUCUCGAAAGACUUGUACAUUAUUGAUGUCACUAUACCGCAAUGUGUGACGAAUUUUUUCUGGUGCUCACUCGAAAUCAUUGGGAUGAUCGUGGCCAUAAGUUAUGCCACUCCGCUGUUUUUAGCCACGUUGCCUGUUUGUGCAAUUUUUUAUUUUUAUAUACAGAGAGUUUAUGUGGCAACAUCGCGGCAGUUGCAAAGGAUCGAGUCCGUCAGUCGAUCACCAAUCUACAGUCACUUCCUGGAAACAGUGAACGGCGCCAGCACCAUACGAGCAUUUUCUCAACAACGUCGCUUUAUCCUCGAUAAUUACUACAAAACGGAUGAGAAUCAAGUGGCUUACUAUUCUACUGUAUCUUCAAACAGUUGGCUUGCAGUUCGACUUGAAUUUCUCGGUAACUGCUUAAUACUCUUAGCUGGUUUAUUUGCUGUGUUUAGCAGAGACAAAAUCAUAAGUGGGUUGGUCGGAAUGUCGUUGACGUAUUCGUUAGAGAUUACGGAAACUCUCAACUGGGCAGUGCGCAUGACAAGUGAACUGGAAACUCAACUUGUUUCUGUUGAAAGAGUGAAAGAAUAUUCAGAAACAGAUACAGAGGCUAGAUGGAUCAUCCCCGAAAAUCGACCGCCAGACGACUGGCCAUUCACUGGACGGAUUGUAAUGGAACAGUUUGACUUGAGAUACAGAGAGGGAUUACCUCUUGUACUAAAACAGAUCAGCUGCGAUAUUAAACCUGGAGAAAAGGUAGGCAUUGUUGGCCGAACUGGAGCAGGAAAGUCGUCAUUAGCGUUAGCUUUGUUCCGUAUUCUGGAGAGAGCUGGUGGAAAAAUAACAAUCGAUGGUGUUGACAUUGCUACCCUUGGGCUGCAGGAUUUACGCUCGCGGAUAACCAUCAUCCCUCAGGAUCCAGUGCUGUUCUCUGGGGACCUUCGACUUAACCUUGAUCCAUUCAGUAAAUUCACUGAUGACCAGCUCUGGCACGUCUUGGAAGUGAGUCACCUGAAGAACUUUGUCUCGGGGCUGAGUGAGGGACUUCAGUACACAAUUGCAGAGGGAGGAGAGAACUUGAGUGUUGGUCAACGGCAGUUGGUGUGUUUAGCACGUGCGCUGCUACGUAAAAGUAAGAUCUUGGUUCUGGACGAAGCCACGGCCGCGGUGGACUUGGAAACUGAUGAACUCAUUCAGCAAACGAUUCGGCGAGAGUUUGCUGACCGCACAGUGUUCACCAUCGCUCAUAGGCUCAAUACCAUUAUGGAUUAUGACAGGGUGUUGGUUCUCGAUAGCGGAUCCAUUGCUGAAUUUGAUUCCCCUGCAAACUUAAUUAGUAGAAAUGGACUUUUCGCGAAAUUGGUUCAAGAUGCAAAGCUUUCCUGAGGACCUUGCGAGCAUCAGUUGUGUCUUUGGAUUUCCGCCAGCACAUUCCAACUCGUGGUCCUUGAAAAAGACUCACGUGUUCAAAUUGAACUCGCUCUGCAUGAACGGCGAACAUUUAGUUCAUGACAUGUUUAUAUAACGUUAUUUUAGUUUAAAAUUGGGUCAAAAACUAUGCUCUAUUUUAUUGAGGACACCAAUAAGCCAGGCGCCUAUGCAAAAAUAACCAAAAGAAGUGUUUUGUUAUGAAUAUGAAUAUAGUUUAUGUCUGACCACUUGCAGCCCAGAGGCUGAAUUACAGGUGCAGUGUAAGG